AACCGAGCAGCGGAUGAUAUCAGCGGCGGGGAGACACUGCAGCAGCCCCGUCCUCAUGUUGACUCGCCUCAAAGGAUGUUGUCAUUACCUCCGAGCUGAAGGGUCGGCGUUCGGGGCUCCGGUUUGUUUGACGCUCAGUCAGUGGCAGAAUGAUCGAGGAAGGCAGCAAACGAGGCAAGGCCAUGGUGGAGAAGAGGCAGCUCUUCAUGGAGAUGAGAGCCCAAAACUUCGAUGUAAUCAGACUGUCGACGUACAGGACGGCCUGCAAGCUUCGCUUUGUGCAAAAGAGAUGCAACCUUCAUCUGGUGGACGUAUGGAACAUGAUCGAAGCCUUCCGUGACAACGGGCUCAACACGCUGGACCACAACGCGGAGAUCAAUGUGUCCCGGCUGGAGACUAUUCUGUCUUCCAUCUACUACCAGCUCAACAAGCGGCUGCCCACCACCCACCAGAUCAAUGUGGAGCAGUCCAUCGGCCUGCUGCUCAACUUCAUGGUGGCCACCUACGACAGUGAAAGUCAUGGGAAGCUGACCGUUUUCUCAAUGAAAGCCAUGCUGGCGACGAUGUGUGGAGGGAAAAUAGUGGACAAACUACGCUAUAUUUUCUCACAGAUCUCCGACUCGAGUGGAGUCAUGGUGUUCGCCAAGUUCGACCAGUUUCUUCGAGAGGUGCUGAAACUGCCCACGGCUGUGUUCGAGGGCCCCUCCUUCGGCUACACGGAGCACUCGGUGCGGACGUGCUUCCCCCAGCAGAAGAAGAUCAUGCUGAACACAUUUUUGGAUGUGUUGAUGGCAGAUCCUCCCCCACAAUGUCUUGUGUGGCUACCACUCAUGCACCGACUUGCUAAUGUUGAAAAUGUCUUCCAUCCGGUGGAAUGUUCUUAUUGCCGGAGCGAGAGCAUGAUGGGUUUCCGGUACCGGUGCCAACAGUGCCACGGCUACCAGCUCUGUCAGAGCUGCUUCUGGCGCGGCCACGCCAACGGCCCCCACAGCAAUCAGCACCAAAUGAAGGAGCACUCCUCAUGGAAGUCUCCGGCCAAGAAGCUGAGCCACGCCAUCAGUAAAUCUCUGGGCUGCGUCCCCAUCGGCGAGCCGCCGCAUCCCGUGUUCCCCGAGCAGGCCGAGCGACCGCAGGAGCUCACCCACACCGUUCAGCCGAAACCAGCGGCCAACAACAUGAACGACACAAUGCUCAUGUCCUCUGGGGCACCUACUCCUACUAAAAGUGUCUUGGAGAGCCCCAGCCGGUUAGAUGAAGAGCACCGCCUCAUCGCUCGGUACGCCGCCCGCCUGGCGGCCGAGGCGGGCAACUCCACACAACAAUGUCCUCCAACAGAUCUGAGUUUCAACUUUGAUGCUAAUAAGCAGCAGAGGCAGCUCAUCGCAGAGCUGGAGAACAAAAACAGGGAGAUCUUGCAGGAGAUCCAGCGGCUGCGUCUGGAGCACGAACAGGCGUCUCAGCCCACCCCGGAAAAAGCCCAGCAGAACCCCACGCUCCUGACCGAACUGCGGCUCCUCAGACACAGGAAGGACGAGCUGGAGAGGCGCAUGUCGGCCUUGCAGGAGAGCAGACGGGAGCUGAUGGUGCAGCUGGAGGGACUUAUGAGGCUGCUAAAGGAUGAGGAACAGAAGCAGGCUUCCCAGUCUGGCGGCUCUCCUCACUCUUCUCCAAGUCACGGUGCCGGCUGCUCCAUGCCCAUGCCCAUACGCUCCACCUCUGCCGGGUCCACCCCGACUCACACGCCGCAGGACUGCCUGGCGGGGGUGGGAGGGGACGUGCUGGAGGCCUUCGCUCAGGGUGUACCUAGAAAUCUUCGGAAUGACCUUUUAGUUGCUGCUGACUCAAUCACAAACACCAUGUCAUCUCUGGUGAAAGAGCUGCACUCAGUAGAUGACGGGGCAGACGAAGAAGAGACCAACAUGAGGAACGGAGGAGACAGAGGCACAGUGAGAGUAUUGAAGCACUGAGGGAACGAGAGCGCCAUCCUAUCCUGUAAGGACAUACAGUCAUCAACUGGGAAGAAUCAGUAAACAACAACAACAACAACAACAACAACAACAACAACAAGAGCCCC